AUGGCGGCGUGGUUCUCUGCUGGCUACUUCCCCAUCCAAAUUGAAGUGCGACGCGAAUGUGAUAAAGUCUUCUCGCGUAUCACGGACUACAUAGCCAUGCUGGGUCGAUUCCCCUUUGUCGGUUCGAGUGACUUACCGCCCAUACAGGAGAAUCGAGCACCAAUAUUAACACCGGCAGCAUCAGCUGUGGUGGCACCACCAUCAUCCAUCGCUGGCAUGGUUUCGCAGCCACCACCUCUAUUGCCUCACCAAAUGAACUUGUUGCAAACUCCAUUAUUUCAGCCAUCAACAGCUAUGCCGUCCACUGCUGCAGCAGCAUCUAUGCCACAACCGCCACAAAUGCCCGCUGCUGUCACUGGUGGAGGACCACCACCCAUCGAUCCAAAUCAGGUGAGUUUACUGUAUUCUUGUUUCUCCUUUUCCUCUCCUUCCUCAAAGUUCAAUUGGUCUUUCAGUGGUAUUACAACGUCUUUUCCAACUUGGUGA